CAGAAUCCAAUAUGGCGGCAAAACAUCUUGAGUAAAAUAUUUGUAAACUGGCAUUAUCUUUAGAAUAUAACGCAUUUGAUAAUAUUGUUUGGAGUGAACUGAUUCAACCUCAUAUACAAUAUGCUGCUUGAUGGGGUACGACAGAGAGAUGUGCUAAACAUGGCUUUGAUCUGCUAUGUCAUCCCUUAAACAGGAAGCCACAGGGACUUAAGGGCUUAUCCAAAGCUGACAGUCCAAUAUGUCAGCCAAUAGUUGUGGAGAAAGGCUACCGUUAGAGCUGAUGCGAGUUGUCUUGUCAUAUCUAAAUGUCACCGACCUUUGUCGAUGUGCUUGCGUUUGUAACUCAUGGAAUGAACUUGUCAAAUCACUUGAUAAAACUACAUGGAAGUUCUGGUACAAACGCAACCUCGAGUGGAGACUGCCUUUGUGGCCUAUGUCUCAAGAUGAAGAGGCAAUAUCAUGGCAGAGGGCAUACAGGGAAAAUUACAUAGCUUCAAAGAUUUGGGCUAUUGGUGGUGGAAAUUCUGAAAAAACAAAUUGUUUGCUUGUGUUCAGACGGAAACGAGAAAGGCGAACUUUACAUGUAGGUGCAGGUUUAGAGUAUACAACUUUAAAGAGUGCUCUUGCAGUGGCAAAUGAUUACGAUCGUAUACUCAUCCAUCCUGGGACAUAUGACGAACAGUUUGAAAUGUCAUCGAAAAUUCCAUUUGAAUUAGUUGGUGCAGGUGAAUUAGGUAGUGUAAUAUUGGUGAUGUGUAUAGAACAGAAUGCACUGACAGGAAGGCUGUGUAAUUUAACCCUCAGGGCACCAUGGUUCACCCAAUAUAUACUUAAGGUGCGGACUGGUCACGUCCAAGUUGACACAUGUACCUUUGAAGAUGGGCAAAUCCUAGUGCAGGGCCCUGCCACGUGUCAUAUCAAACACACAACCUUCAAACACGCUUUCAUCACAAUGCAACAAGUCAAUGUGAGCAUAAUAGAAAAAUGUGACUUCAUUAAAUGUGAACCUGCGGCAGUUAUUGUCGAAGGUCACCCAAAGGAAGACUCCAAUUGGAUAUACCUUCGUCUUGCCAAGCUAGCUAGAAAGUUUGAUAAACCAAUUUUAGAUCACGACAACUAUUCCAUGCAUAGAAAUGCUCAAAGUAAUGAUGGUGCUACUCCCAAUAGACAUGAUGCUGAUGAUGAAGAUUCAGACGGCACAGAUGGUAAUCACGUUGAUGAACCCAACCAAAGCUCUGUUAGUUUGCAAUCAAGAGCCUUGUCUCAUUCAAACAGUGCCCAGAACUAUGAUAUCCCUCCAGAUGAUGACUUCACUAUUGACAGUAGCAGCGACGAUGAUGACAAUGAUGAGGCUGAUGAUAACAUUCCUAACAAUAAUGUAUUAGACUUGGACUAUCUGGAUAGCUUUGAUACUGAUUCAAGCGAUAUGUCAGAUACAUUUGAUCACACUGAUAGUGACAGUGAUUCCUCCUCAAAUUAUGAAGACGAUAGAUCUGUUUUACAAUUGUCGAACCCAAACCGCCAUAAACUUUUACACGCUACCUCUAUAAACACAUUCCAAAAUGACAUUCAGUCGUUACAUCAUAAGGCUGUUACUCUUAACUCAGAUCUGCUUCAGGACACAGCUGUGAUAAAUAUGCUGGAAAAUAUUUUGGGGUGUGUCAUGAGAAAUUGUCGUGUGAGUCAUGGUAAAGGAGGUGUCAUGGUAGCCAAUCAAGCCCAAGCUGUCUUAAUGGCGAAUGAAUUCUGUGAUUUACAAUAUGGAGUAAGAUGUAUACAGAACUCAAAGACAGUUCUUUGGAAGAAUAACAUCCACCAUUGUAAGACAUCAGGGGUGUUUAUGCGGCUGGCGGCUCGUGGUCUCAUUGCUACUAAUGACAUUCACCACAAUAUAGAGGCAGGGAUAGACAUCAGGAAAAAUGCUGAUCCCCUUGUGCAAUGUAAUCGUAUCCACCAUGGCAAAAGAUCAGGGAUAGUUGUCCUUGGAAGUGGGCGGGGCAUAAUUAAAGGCAAUAAUAUAUUCGAAAAUAAGGAGGCGGCAAUAUAUAUUCUGUAUCGUGGAAACCCAAUAAUCUGUGGCAAUAGGAUUUGGCGAGGCAAGGCAGCAGGCAUAGCUAUCAAUGAAAAUGGUAGAGGGCACAUUAUAGAUAAUCUGAUAGGAAACAACCAGUGGGGAGGAAUUGACAUCAGACAUGGUUCAGACCCCUUGAUCACCAACAAUCUGAUUUGCAAUGGGAUUGCUGAUGGUAUAGUUGUUGGUGAAGGUGGCAAGGGGUCUAUAAGAAACAACAUUAUUCAUGCAAAUGCAGGAUGUGGGAUUUGGGUGAUGUCUGGGUUGCAACCCUGUAUCCAUGGAAACCAGAUAAGCAGUAAUGGAGACUCGGGUAUCGCCUUCGUCAACACUAGGGAUUUGCAUCACGGGGCAUCCCGCACAAAUGACAUAGACGGUCAGAGUGCUCAAAGCGCAGAGUUACAGCUAUUCAGUGAGACCACUGCUGAAGAUGAUGAUGGCAGAGCAUCAUUUGGGGAGGCUACCGUAGAAUACAACAGCAUCUACCACAACUCUGCAAGUGGAGUGUUUCUUCAAAGUAAGGAAUCAAUCCACAUUAUGGCGAAUGUCAUCCAUGGAAAUCGGGAGAUAGGCAUACAAGUCCACCAGGUGGCGCCAGUGUUGCUAAUAAAUAACAGUGUGACGUGUAAUGCUGGAUCUGGGAUUGAAGUAGCUGAAUUUGCUUCAGUGGAUAUCCAUGGCAAUGGUAUCUAUGACAACAGAGAUGAAGGGAUUCUGCUGCAAAGUGAAGGAGAAAUCUGGGAAAAUGACAUAAUAGGAAACCAAAGGGCUGGGAUCCUUGUUCAUAAUGCAAAAGACGUCAAAAUAUCCAAUAACCGCAUACAUUCCAGUGAUGAUCCAUGCAUCAAUCUAACAGGGUUCACACAACCCGUGAUAGAAAAUAAUAUAUUAUAUAAGGGACGCUCUGAACCCAUUGCGCAGACUUCGGAAGCUGGAGGCCAGCUCUCGCAAAAUUCCAUCCUUCCUAUACCUGUACCAGACAAAGGGUUAAAUGCUGACAAAACUAGUUCGAUUCCUGGAACUCCAAACUGGAAGCUUGAAAAUCCAGCCCCCCGUCCCCACAUCAAGGCACCUCCAGCACUCUCUAUUGCCCCUGCCCACAGGGUUACUACGGUAACCAAGGUGAAGAAUCCUGCUGGAGGAACCUGUCAACAUGAAGGCAGUAAAACAUGCAUCAUUUUGUGAAACUUCACACGUUCUGAUUUGUUAUUAUUUAAAUGCUUACUUAGAUCUGACACUUUGUUUAAAUCUAGAGUGCAAAGGCUGACAUACUGUACAUAAACAGUACAGUUUUGAGAUAAGUUUUGUAUUUUAUAGAAUUUUAAAAAGGGUGUUAGAAAAAUGCUAUCUUAUGCUUUCAUAAAAAAUUGCUUAUUUGUUCAAUUUGUUAGAAUUUUAAAAGGGCAGACUAGUGCCAAGAUCUGCACGGCGACCAUUUUGCUCUUCAAAGUGUGAUAUUUACCGCUCCCUGUCUUGUUGC